CUGUUGCCACUCCUCCUUUCACCGUGUAACAGGAGCUGUUGGCCGCUUCGGGCAGGCCUCCCUCUCGAAAUUGCCAAAACAUGCUUGACAUCACGAGCAAGCUAAUUUUACACCGCCUCAACGUGACUUGGGCAAUGAUGGCGGAAAGUGUGGAUAAGUUCCUCUACACAGACGAAACGAAAGAGAUGGUGGACGUCGUGAAUGUGAUGCUCGUAGCAUGGGUGGUGUUAGGCCUUCUGGUUUACCUCGUCGGGACGUUCGUUGCGAACCGGCUCGCGCGCGGUCGGCCGCCGCAGCUGGUUCCCACGAAGCCCACCGUACCGCAAGCGACGGGUGGCACCGUCGAGAGCUGUGUGACUGCAUCGAGCCAAAAGACGACAGCGACAGCGGGUGUUACACCGACUCUCAACGCAUCGUACCCGGUUGUUGCAUCGGGUUCCGAUCCAGAUGCAGUGCAUUGGACCAACCGGGUCAUAGCCUGGUUGUUGCAUCGCAGAGAACACCAGUUCAUAACGGAUCCGUGGUUACUAGCCUUGAAUGAAAAGUUGGCAAAAGCGAAUUUGAAGGAUGGCUUGCAUAUCGAGCUAGAAGCCAUCCAUCCCGAAAGCCAGAGGCCAAAGUUGCACGACGUCCACGUCGUCCUCGAAUCGAAAGAAAGCAUGACGAUUACGGCUGGUGUAACUGCUGAACGAAUAGUGCUCGUUGCCAAGGUUACAAAAGACGGCAGUGCGGACGCCCCAGUCACUCGGUACAAUAUUCAUUUGAAUAACCUUAAGGGAAAGGUCAAAAUCUGCUGCAUCAGCCCUGAGCAACUUUUCGUGGUACGGUUUGUACAGAGACCAGAGGUCAAGGUUUCUCUUCACCCUGCCACUGGUGAAAGCAAACCCCGCUCAGUUGACCAACAUGCAACUGACGACAUUCUGUUGGAGGCUGUCAUGGAUUCCUUGGCGUAUUCUGUGGCAGACCUGUCUUUCUCCGGCCAAAAAGACUUCCCGAACUACCUACAUAAAGAAGCCGUCUCGGAGAUUAUUCAGAGGACGCAACUUAACCAAGUGAGUACAGCCCCAACGCUGACCAAGCACGACCAAAGGCUGCUCAUUAAAGUCAUCAAAGGCUCAAGUAUCGGCGGCACUAAAGGGUCCAAAGAGGCCUACUGCACAGUGGAAGUGGACGAACCGCCGCACAGAUACACUACUGCCACGGUGAAGGAGACGACCAAUCCCUUCUGGGACGAACACUUUCUCUUCGACCUCAGCCCAAACUCGACAGAAGUCCUCUUUGAACUCUACGACAAGAGUAGACCAACUGGAGAUAACUUCAUGGGCCUGGGCAUCGUUAGCAUCGAUGAAUUGAAGCGCGUCCCUAGCCAGCGUCAGAUCAUCUCGUUACAGUCACGUCCACUGGAAUACGACGACGUUUCUGGGUCUCUCACUGUAGAGUUCCUGUACAUGGAAGGUUCCCAGAUUCCCGUGUCCGGCGACUCUCCCACGACGACAGAGUUCUCUCAGCAUUCGCCACGCCUGGUCGAGAAGAACAGUCGGGUGACACCCGCUGGCACCCUCAUCACAACCACCACUAUCAAGCGGUCACCCACAGCGGAAACGAAAACCCGGGACUUGGAGACCGAGGCCAUCCUCGCUAUCGAAGAAAAACUAAGGAUACUGGAGGGCUCUCCCAUGAAGGCGCUUGAUGAAUCCAUGGUAGAAUUUGUACGGAGCCAGAUUCCAGAGCCUCGCGUCUCCCGGAAGGACUCGACAUGCUCGGACGUCGUACCACCGCCGCUUCCGUCUUCGCCGCCACCUGAUUUACCAGUGUCGCAAACGAGCGAAGAAGAGUCCAACUUAAGUGAAGGGGAUGAAAGUCCGCUACCUCCCAAGGAAGACCUAGAGCAGCAAGCCGAGCAGCAACUGCUCAACCAUGAAUCUGUAGAGAAGACGACAGUUAUUGUAGUUAUGAAGCCAACCGCUCCCGCCAACUCAGACUGGACGAAAGACGUUGUUGCAGAGCAGCCUUCUGAUGAACUGCCGGAAGAAAGAAAUUCGACGGCAGACCAAAACGGCAACAUUCCCCGUGAUGAUGGAGGAUCUCUGACGGAAGCAGCAUUGAAAGAACUGGAGGCGAAAGGCCGGAGCCCAACUGCUACAAAGAGUACCCUCAUUAUUCACAGUGUGCAGCGAGAAGACGCUUGUCCAAGUCUAAAGGUGAAAAUGGACAAGGAAGGACAUUGGCAUGAGGUGUCUCAGUUGGACGACACAUCGCUUUCCAUCUCUCCAAGUAGCCUUCGAAGGCAACCUAACAACUCCAUACCAGCAUCAUUAUCCUGUAGCGAGGCCGAAGGAGAUGGUAAGCAUCUGAACGGUCCAGCCGACCGGGGCAAAGCAAAAAAGAGGGGCCUCCUGGGCACCCUCCGCAAGAGGCUCAGCUUCAAGAAGAACCGAUCCAAGUCCGCGGAAAGGCGCGCGGACAACGAUUCUCUGAGCAGCCGUUCCACGGACAGAGCAAAGUCCGUACCUCUGGGAAGAAAUGCGUCUCACUUAACUGUUCCAGGUGCAAGGAAUGGCGGCAGUACUCGUAGCAGCAUCAGCGAAGGUUCUGGAAUAAGUGCUGCUUCCAGCCGAACGUUCGUCAGUGACAAGUCUCUCUUGGUGAUAGAGGCUAAGGAGAACAACGUCCUCAGGCACUACCUCAUCCCAACAAGCCUCGCACAUCGCAAUAAAUGGAGGAAGAAAGGCGCAAAACUACACAUUUAUAACGAUCACGUCUUCAUAGCCAAGCACAUACAAGGUGGUGUCCAGUGCCAUAUCUGCGGAAAUCUCAUAGCAAGGCGACUAGGAAAGCAAGGUUACGUAUGCAGAGGAUGUAGCCUCCUAUGUCACAAGUCUUGUCACAUCAAAGCAGAGAGCAUCUGUGCGAACAGUUCUGUCAGCAAGAUGCAGUUGGAACCAGUCGCCGACCCACGUGACACGAGAAUCAAAUCAAGUUGAUGAUCUCCUCGGCUCACUCGUGAUGUUGGUCAACAUAGUAUGAACUGCUGCCGAACGCUGUACAGUGCUUUCAUUUUUAUUUCAGACGUGACCGGUGUAAAACGAGCUGCAUAUUGCAAGAGUGCAUAAGUUAUGACACAUUCGCUCUGUCGGAUAAGAAUCUUAACGUUACUAUUGAUAUCGACGGCUUUACCAGGACAGCCCUGCUGCUGAAAGAACGCAGUGUAGAGUUUUAUUUCUCACGCUAUAAGUUUGACCUGCCGCAGCCAGCAUGUGAAUAUAGUGCCAGGCAGUCGCGUGUUCUAAGGGAAUUAUUAAUGCUGUAGUUAUGUUAAGUGGAAGUAAUGCUGCAAUUGUUCGUGUUGCCUGCGAUCAUUUUUGUCGAAGUGAGCUUGGUUUCCGACUACCAGGCGUUGUUGACUUCCCAUGCAUGAAGUAAUAUAUUAUUGUUAUCUACAAAUUUGAAAGAAAUGCAGAUAACUCUUAUUGAAGUUUGGCAUACUUAUUGUGCAGAGUAUAUUACAUAUUAUGGGCGUACCUUAUCGUGCCCGAUAUAUCUUAGGAGCAAAUUUCGGAAAUGUGCUAGCUCGAAGGCUGCGCGCAUUAAUAAGACUAUACCAUCUGAAGAAUAUACUUAAAACGGGACAGUGCCUAUGCUUAGAUGCGACGAGUGUGGAACGGAGAGUGUUCAUUCAUUGAGUCAGUUUCUAUUUUGUAUGCCAGGACAGCCACAAGGUUAGCUACGCUUUCUGUCACGAUAGCGUGCUUAAAAUGGUGUGUAGGUGCUUUGCUGUUUGCUGUUACAUGUCUUGGCACUGAGGGCAUUUUCACAGAAAUCAUCCUCUGAAAAUGCCAUACUUACAUUGAAAAAACACUGAUCGUGACGAGUGAUCGUGAAUGGAUUUCUGACUGCCAGGUAGAUAUUUUCCGUCCUGGGUGCCUGUGAAUGGAGUAAGAGCGUAGCUUGCAGGGCUCCCCACUCUUUGCGUGUUGAUGUAUAAACAGCGUUUGUUCUGACUGUUACGGCGCCGAUUAUGAUCCGUGUGAACUUGCUUCGAUGUUUUACUCGAACUCGCUUCUAACACAUGAACUUUUACUUUUCAUUCCAUCUCUAUUAAAACCGAGAAGUAACAUUUGCUGUGUAUAAAAUUUAAGAUAAGCGGAGGUAGGUCAGGUUGCGUGGAAGAACGUCCACGAAUACAACUCAAUCGCAAGCUUGAAACUAUAGAUGUGUGCCCGCCAUACUACACGUACGAAGAGACGAUAGGAGAUUUGCGAAUAUUACUUCGUGUCGAUUCGUGUCGUGUUGCUGCGGCUUAUUAACGUCCUCUAGAAAAUAGCAUUAUGAGGAAGAAACAUACACAAGUCGUGGCAUGACAUAAGGUUCUAAUUCGUUGCUUAAAGUGAAGGUGCUGGCUGUGAUGCUGCAACAGCCGUACAUGUACAAAUAACGUUGCUGUGUAUAUUUCAGGCGCUGCAAUAAUGGCUGGUUACAAUCAUAACAUAUGCCCCAUACCACAAGGGGAAAAUUGACAACUGUUGUGUUACUGAAUGGACUAGUCAGGUAUACUAACGUAUGUGUACAUGCUAAAGAGAACUAUCUCCAAAAUACAGUCGCUUUUAGUACUUCAGAAACGCAAGCUGCAGUGAAAAUUGUUGAAAUUGACGUUGUAUUUGUAUUAGUUGUGCUGUUAUUCCUGCUGCGGGAUGCCUCUGCUUCUGGUAUGUCCUCAUGCAUGUUGAUACAGAGGCAAUUAACCACGGAUUCUAAAAUUGGUUUUAUAUUCUCUAUUGUGCAGAAACAAACCUUUGUUCUGCUGUUCUUCCACAGCAGUAGCGAUGUUUCUAGGUGAUAGCAAUAUAUGAUACAUGAAUUUGAGGCCAAUGGUAAUAAAAGCUGCAUUUCACGACUUUA